AUGUUCGGAAUUGGACGCCCCCAGCCCAGCUCGGCCGAGAAGAUCGCCGCAGUCGAGGCAGAGAUGAAGCUCAUCACGGCGAUGGCUGCCCGCCUCAACCGCGCAUGCAUGCAAAAGUGCAUCCCUACCAACUACCUCGAGGGCGACCUCAACAAGGGCGAGAGCGUAUGCCUCGACCGCUGCGCCGCCAAGUUCACCGACGUCCAGCUCAAGAUCUCGGAGAUCAUGCAAGCAGAGAACCAGAAGAGGCAGGGAGGUGCCGGUAGCUUUUAA